AUGAAGUUUAUGCUCCUUGUACAGUCGCUCCUGUUGAUUGGCCUCGCAGCAGAGCUGGUGUCUGGGAGUCCCAGGCAACUAUUCCUGAAGCAAUUAUUGGAACCUCCACCCUGCCGAUCAUAUCCUGAGAACUGCACUUACUUCUGCACACGUCAGGCAGAUUGCAAAGGUGGAUUACAGUGCUGUUCUUCCUUCUGUGGAAUAGUCUGUGCCAUCAACAAACAUCCAGAACAAUCUCCAUAA